CACAAGUUUGUCAAAACAUUAAGUAGGAAAUAUAUUUAUUAAACAAACGGAGGCAUACGGAACAGUUGCCGCUUCAGUCAAGAAAUCAUUUUGCCCAGACAAACGUAUAUUUUUGUAGAAAGGAGGCAAGAAGACGACGGAACACACACAUACACAUGGAAGUUAAUGCACAUGAAAUCGUUGGAACACAGCUUUAAAGAAGCAAAUAUUACAAGCCUAAUCGGAACAUAUUUCCCGAUUUGAGAGUGUUUGAAAAAGGUUUUAUAGACUGUUGUUGUUGGUUCAUCUUGGAUUUGGGUGCAUUUCAUCGAUACCUUUUGCUAGCCAAAUCGAGUUCUAAUGUCGGACGAGGUACAUACACAAGAUCGCAUGAAGUCCCAGAUGCAGGCGCAGAUGGAGAGCCCCAUCCAGAAGCUCUACCCGACGAUGAGCCAGAACCUGGAGCAGCUGGGUCACCAGUUGCAGAGCGUCUACCGCACGGGGGCAGAUCCGCGAUACGAGAGCUUCGAGGAGCCGUCGUUGGAGGAUGAUUUAGAGCUGCCGCUCCGGAUGCGCUCGGUGAACAUGGAGGGCUUUGUUGUGUGCUCGGAGGAAUCCGACUCCACCCUUGUGUUGGGGCACAAGGAGGAGGUGGAUGUGGAUGUGAAUGUGAAUGUGGAUGUGGAGGAGGAGGACGUGGACGUGGACGUGGAAGGGGACGUGGACGUGGACGGGGACGGGGACGUGGAAGGGGACGUGGACGGGGACGGGGACGAGAACAGUAGCCAGAACAACGGCAUGAACGAGAACUCAUAUGAGUACCGCGAGGGUGGCUACCAUCCGGUGGCCGUGGGCGACAUCUUCCACAAUCGCUACUAUGCCAUCAGCAAGCUGGGCUGGGGCCAAUUCUCCACCGUCUGGCUGUGCUUCGACGAGCAACUGGAGCGCUACUGUGCCGUCAAGGUGGUCAAGUCGGGGGAUCAGUUCAUGGAAACUGCCCGCGAUGAGAUCCGCUUGCUCCGCGCCUUGGACAACUGCGACUGGCAUCCACUGCGCCACCGCCUCGUCGAGUUCUUCGACCAAUUCUACGUCAGUGGCCCGCAUGGCAGGCACCUCUGUCUGGUGUUCGAGGUCCUCGGCGACAAUCUGCUCACCCUCAUCCAGCGGUCACGCUACCAGGGACUGCCCCUCUGGAACAUCAAGCAGAUAGCGCUGCAGGUCCUCGAGGGUCUGUGCUUCCUGCACGAGCACUGCGAGAUCAUACACACCGACCUCAAGCCGGAGAACGUGCUGCUGGUGGCCGACGAUGUGGCGAUCCGGGGUCGGGCCAGCCAGGCAGCCACCGACUUCCUGGGGGUUCACUCCCAGAAGCAACAGCAGCACCGAACCAGACAUGGACUUGGUUCUGUGCGUCAUAGCCAUCACAGUGGCCAGGAUGAGCACGUCAAGCUGACCAAGACGGCAAAGAGGAAGAUGCGGGCACAGGCCAAGCGGAGCGUCACCUUCUUCCAGGAGCACCGACAGUGGCUGCGCAAGCGGGCCAUCGAGGAUUUGCUGGGUCUGGCGGCACAGGGACUCCUUCAGCCGAUGACCGCCGUUGAGGGCGUCACCGGCCAGCUGCCCUUCAUGCCAUUCUCCUUCGACGGCCUGGUCAUCCUCGAGGACAGCGAUCUGCGCGAUCUGCAGCUGCAGCUGGAGAAUGAUGAGUCCAUGUGGGAUAGGGGCGAUGUGCCCGCCCCCGGAACGCUCACUCGUUCGCAUAGCCUUCCCAAUAUCCCACGCCGCCGCCGAUGGAAUUCGGCAUUGCCAACGAAUCCCGCCAGGUCCUCCGCCUUGAGGCUCUUGUCCCAUAGUCCGGAGGAGUUUAUGCGUUUUGUGCAGGAGAAGGUCACGGAAUCGGAUCUGGCGGAACAAAAUCGCCACCAGCCGGGCAGGAAGCACAAGGGUGCCAGGAAGCACUCCAAAGGCACACGGAAGAAGUCAUCUUACUCGGCCAAGGCAGAAAAGCGCAAGGGCAACAGCAAGGAGCCGAAUUGGGGUAUCAUUGCCUCCAGGGAUCCGGCCACCCAAGAUUGCGAGCUGAAGCUGAAAAUUGCGGACAUGGGCAAUGGGUGCUGGUUCGAUCGCCACUACACCGACGACAUCCAGACGCGGGAGUAUCGGUCGGUGGAGGUGAUCCUGGGCGCGGGCUACAAUGAGACCGCGGACAUCUGGAGUGCCGCCUGCCUCUUUUGGGAGCUGGCCACCGGCAAGUAUCUGUUCGAUCCGCAGGUGAGGCGCGGAAGGGCCAGCCAGGAUGAGGUGCACAUUGCCAGCAUCAUUGAGACCUGCGGACCGAUUCCCUACAAACUGAUCGACGUGGGCGACUACUCGAUGGAAGUCUUCGAGCCCAGUGGCCAGCUGCGCAACAUCACCACCCUGCAGCCGCGUUCGCUGGUCGAUGUCCUGGUGAAUCAACAUGGCUGGGCGCGCCUGGAGGCCAAGGACUUCGUGUCCUUCCUGGAGCCAAUGCUGCGAACAGAUCCGAGCAAACGCAUCUCCGCUCUGGACGCCCUUCGUCACCGUUGGUUGCACCAGCCUCUGCAUCGCCAGGACACCCCCGAUCCGAGGACCAACAUCCGGGUCCCGGAUGAAAGCCAUGCGUAAAAGCUCCGUUGAUCCGUUUUCGAUCGCCCCGAAUCAACGGGCCACACCCUUUACUUCAAAUGUGCAUGCCAAUGUAGACAUUGAUAGAUAGACAAUCAAAUUCCAAUAAAUUGC